AUGGCCACGACUACAACUCCUGGAUCCCACAUGGCAGCAGUUAAGCCUUGCAUAUCCUCCUCUCGAAGAACUUAUACGUCAGGCACAGCAAAUUUUGGUACAAACAGUGAAGUGGGAGUUUGGAGAAGGCUUAAAAGUUCUUCUCACAUCUCAGCAACACAGCCAUUCUUCCAGAGCUUCAAAUCAGGGCAUACGAAAUCUGUAAAGGCUGUCACCAGAGCAAUGUCAGGAGCAGAUGAGAACAGUCCAUUGCCAGGAUUGCCUAUUGAUUUGAGAGGAAAGAGAGCAUUCAUUGCUGGAGUGGCUGAUGAUCACGGAUAUGGAUGGGCAAUAGCAAAAUCUCUUGCUGCUGCUGGGGCUGAAAUUCUAGUUGGUACAUGGGUGCCGGCACUUAAUAUUUUCGAAUCCAGUUUAAGGCGUGGGAAGUUUGAUGAGUCGCGGAAAUUGCCAGAUGGCUCUUUAAUGGAAAUUACCAAGGUUUACCCAUUGGAUGCAGUUUAUGACGAUCCUGAGGAUGUCCCUGAAGAUGUAAAAUCCAACAAGCGCUACUUGGGGUCCUCCAAUUGGACUGUGAAGGAGGUUGUUGAAUCUGUAAAACAGGAUUUUGGCAGCAUUGAUAUCCUUGUCCACUCACUUGCUAAUGGACCAGAGGUUACUAAACCUCUUUUGGAGACAUCAAGAUAUGGGUAUCUUGCAGCAAUCUCUGCAUCGAGUUACUCAUACGUUUCUUUACUCAAGCACUUUGCUCCAAUAAUUAACCCAGGUGGUGCUUCAAUCUCUCUAACAUACAUUGCUUCAGAAAGGAUCAUUCCAGGAUAUGGUGGAGGCAUGAGUUCAGCGAAGGCUGCUCUAGAGAGUGACACACGCGUGCUGGCCUUCGAAGCUGGAAGAAAACACAACAUUAGAGUGAACACAAUAUCUGCAGGACCAUUAAGAAGUCGUGCGGCAAAAGCAAUUGGGUUCAUUGAUAUGAUGAUUGAUUACUCAUCGGAAAAUGCACCCUUGCAGAAAGAAUUAUCUGCUGAGGAAGUGGGGAACGCUGCUGCCUUCCUGUCAUCACCAUUGGCAUCAGCCAUCACCGGCACUGUUCUAUAUGUCGACAAUGGUCUAAAUGCAAUGGGAGUGGGAGUGGACAGCCCAGUUUUUGAAAACCUUGAUAUUCCAAAAGCAGCGAAGUAG